AUGUGUCACGGUCAUUCGGAAUGGCGUCUCGUCGGUUGUCUCAUCGAUAUCUAUCUCCUACCGACUCUUUGUCUCAUGGGCAUUCUCCUCAACUCUCUUUGUUUAGCCGUUUUUCGAACAGCCACCCAUCAUCCUUUGGUGCCCACCCUGAUCACUCUUUCUCUAUGUGAUCUCUCGCAAUUAACCCUAUCACUUUUUGUGCUCUUCAUUCCAGCAGUUCACGAUUAUUCUGAGUCUCCAAUGUUGGGCGUGCUCGGUCAAAUCGCUUACCUCUCAACUGGCCUCUUUGCUCCGUUAUUAUUGGCGGCGAAUAUGGCAUCGAUAUGGACAAUGACAUAUAUCACUAUGCAAAGGCAUCGGGCAAUCCACAACCCGCUCGGUCAUACCGCUGCCCCAUCGCGUCCAUUCCUUCCACUCAUUUGCAUUGUCAUUGUUGCUCUAACAUUCAAUGCAUCCAAAUGGUUUGAAUAUAGCUGGCAAUUCGUCCGCAAAGAGGACAUCUCGGAGCCAUCUUGGCGUGAAUCAGCCCUUCCAAUCGUUCUCGUUCAUCAACCAUCGGCUUUAGCGAAAAAUGCUUUGUAUCGAGAAGUGAUUGACAAGGUUUUGUAUCCCGUACUUGUCUAUAUCAUUCCCCUAUUGUUGCUAACGAUUCUCAACUUUCGAAUUUUGACCACAAUCUCGAGGAGACCCGUUCCAUCGGAUCACAAGAGCCGUCUCGCGCAAGAGCGCCGCGCUGUCACUUUAAUCAUCUCUAUCGUGCUUUUCUUCUUCUGUUGCCAUACAGGUGGUCUAAUCUUUCGAUGGAUGAAUUUGGUGGACGCGGAAAGUGAUUGGAGUAUCGUCGUUAAAGAUGUCGUCAAUUUCCUCUUCAACUUCAACUCGGCUUGCAAUCCGAUGUUAUAUUUCCUCUUCACUCGUCAAUUCCGUGACCUUCGAAUGUCCUCUCUCCGUCGUCCCUUCCACGGGGUAUCCACUUCACAAGGGGGAUUCCUUCAAUCAAACAAUCCUCAGACGACAAUUCACUCGCACAUUGAACCGCUUCUUCUCAAGUGUCGUCGUGUCCUUCUGAAGGGAUAUCCCCAUGCACGGAGAGAGGAUCAAUCUCUGCGACAGGACAGCUGGCCCUUGCAACCCCAAGAAGUCGAACACGCAGUCUGGCGGAAAGUCUCAAGGGGGACGAUACGAAGGAACACGUGCGGA